AUGUUCGGACUCAUCGGGAACAAGGGUCACAAGAUUAAGGGGACAAUGGUGAUCAUGCGAAAGAAUGUGUUGGAUAUCAACAGCAUCACAAGUGUGUCGGGAGUGAUCGGAACCGGAAUCAACAUCAUUGGUGGUGUUGUUGACGUUGUCACUGCUCUUGCUUCCCACAUCUCCAUUCAGCUCAUUAGUUCUACUAAGACUGAUGCACAAGGGAAAGGAAAGGUUGGAAAGGCGACAAAUUUAAGAGGACAGGUAUCAUUGCCAACGUUGGGAGCUGGCGAGGAUGCAUAUGAUGUUCAUUUUGAAUGGGACAGUGAUUUCGGGAUUCCUGGUGCAUUUUACAUUAAGAACUUCAUGCAAGUUGAGUUCUACCUCAAGUCCCUAGUACUCGAAGACAUUCCCAACCACGGAACCAUUCACUUCGUCUGCAACUCCUGGGUUUACAAUUCCAAAGUCUACAAGACUGAUCGCAUUUUCUUUGCCAACAAUACAUAUCUUCCAAGCGAGACCCCAGCUGCACUUGUGAAGUACAGAGAAGAAGAGUUGAAUACUGUAAGAGGGGAUGGAACUGGAGAACGCAAGGAAUGGGAUAGGAUUUAUGAUUAUGAUGUCUACAAUGACUUGGGUAACCCAGAUAGCAAUGAAAAGUACGCUCGUCCCGUUCUUGGAGGUUCUGCCUUACCUUAUCCUCGUAGAGGAAGAACCGGAAGGGGAAAAACUAAAAAAGAUCCUAACAGUGAGAAGCCCAGCGACUUUGUUUACCUUCCACGAGAUGAAGCAUUUGGUCACUUGAAGUCAUCCGAUUUUCUCACUUAUGGACUGAAAUCUGUAGCCCAAGAUGUGUUGCCUGUGUUGACUGAUGCGUUCGAUGGAAAUGUUUUGAGCCUUGAGUUUGAUAAUUUCGCGGAAGUGCACAAGCUUUAUGAAGGUGGAAUUACAUUGCCUACAAACUUUCUUAGCAAAAUCGCCCCUCUACCUGUGAUAAAGGAGAUUUUUCGAACUGAUGGCGAACAGUUCCUCAAGUAUCCACCACCUAAAGUCAUGCAAGUGAAUAAGUCUGCGUGGAUGACUGAUGAAGAAUUUGCAAGAGAAACCAUUGCUGGUGUUAAUCCAAAUGUCAUCAAGAUUCUUGAGUUUGAACGCACUUUGCUUUUCAAAUAUGAGAUUGCUAUCCUCAUCCAUCACAUGCUAAAUUUAUCCCAGGAAUUCCCACCACGAAGCAAGCUAGAUACUCAAGCCUAUGGUGAUCAUACUUCCAUCAUAACGAAAGAACAUUUGGAGCCAAACUUAGGUGGGCUCACUGUUGAGCAGGCUAUUAGUAGCAAGAAGUUGUUCAUUUUGGAUCACCAUGACUAUCUCAUUCCAUAUUUGAGGAGAAUAAAUUCAGCUACCACAAAGACUUAUGCUACAAGAACCAUAUUUUUCUUGAAAAGUGAUGGAACUUUGACACCAUUGGCCAUUGAGUUAAGUAAGCCUCAUCCUCAGGGUGACGAAUAUGGUCCUCUUGGCGAAGUCUACGUGCCUUCGAGCGAAGGAGUUGAAGCCUACAUUUGGUUAUUGGCUAAGGCUUACGUUGUUGUGAAUGACUCGUGCUACCAUCAACUUGUUAGCCAUUGGCUAAACACUCAUGCAGUUGUUGAACCAUUCAUCAUAGCAACAAACAGGCAACUGAGUGUGGUUCACCCUAUUUACAAACUCCUGUUUCCUCACUAUCGUGACACCAUGAACAUUAAUUCACUUGCCCGCAAGGCCUUGGUCAAUGCAGACGGUAUUAUAGAGAAAACAUUCUUGUGGGGAAGAUACGCUUUGGAGAUGUCCGCUGUGAUUUAUAAGGACUGGUCUCUCCAUGAUCAAGCAUUGCCUAAUGAUCUUGUCAAGAGGUAA